AUACGGCUUGUGGUCUGUACGAUAAAGUCGAAUGUUAGAAAUUCUUUUGGUCAGGGUGGUGAGGACUUGACAAAAGCACUGUGGAGUUCCUUGUAUACUACUACGACACAUAAUGCGUUGAGAUGUAAUGAAAUAUGUGAUAGGAUGUCAUAUUCAUUAACGCAAGUCAAUCAUGCCAAUUCUCGAUAAGGUCUGCAAGUUUUGAUUUGGUGCCUACAAAAGUUUGGUUUCUUCUGCAUUCGAUAUUAACAAUAUUUGUUGAUGUUCAUCAUUCGAUAUGGAAUAACGACGUGGAACAUUUUGAAACGGAUAGUUCAUCAAUUUCGACAAUCGCAUACACCUGCCUUUGUGGUCGGUCCUGAUCUGGAGUUCAAUGUUUGGAUCAAUCACAAUGACUGAAAGCGAGUGCUCUACUGAAACCAAGCAUUUUGGAUAUUUGUAAGAAAAUUUGACGUAGCCUGUUUGUUGUCCGCUGAAGGUAUUUUAAAAUGUUCUAAAACACGCCACAGUUAACAACAAUUAGCAAUGCAAUUCUCUCGACGUGACCAGCGUUCUUCUAGAGUAAAUAAACCACUUGAAAGGUAAGGAAAGAGGUCUGCCUGUUUAGUUAUAAUGCCAAGAACUGAAAUAAAGAUAGCCUUUCCAAUGUUAUCUCCCGGAAGCACAACGGGAAUGCAAAUACUCAUGGAGCCAGAGAUAUAGGCGUAACCAUAUCCAAGACUUGCUCAAGAAAUAUCACCAGAUACACAGCGGCCCCAAUGCCAAUCUUGGUUCAUUAUAGAUUUCACAACUCCCUAUGAAAUGUUGUAGAUGACUGUGGUUGCAAUAGUUCUACAGGAGAUUCAGAAUUGAUAAAGCCUGAGCCAAAUGAUAAUCUAUAAUUAAUUCACUGAGAGAACACUUUUAGUUAACGGUGAAUUUAACAGAACUGGGUGAAUUAUGUGCAUGCGACUGACAAUGCAGAAGCCAGUGCUUUCCGACAAAGAGGACACGCCGAUUGAGACUGUCAUAAAUGAUGUGGUGGAAGACUGUGUUGGCAAUAAAUUCUUUCGAAAGCUAAAUGUAGGAUUUGUAGACCACGACUUGGAAAGCCGCCAAAGACCGAAAGGCCUACCAGAACUUGGUCAGCAACAUGCUAUGGCAGAUGGUCCCCCGCUAGGCCAGCCCGUUCCUUAUCGACUGCCAAAAGUUCCAAGUUUACGAAAUGUGGGCGAUACACCGAGGCAGCUUUAUAGUCGUCAGGCGUUUCCUACUGCUAGGAGUUUAAACGAGCUGAGUGUCGACUCAAUCAGCCUUCCACCGCCAAAAACAUAUGUGCAGGAGCGUCGGCGGGCAAACCUGGCGGUACCAAAAUUCAAGCGAGCCAUGAUCGCACCUAUCAACGACAGGACAUGUGGCGCUCAUUUUGCUAAUAAUCUUCAACGUGACCAUGAAUCUAGUUGGUAUCAAAGGUAUGAACGACUGCGCCUUUCAGUUGAGGGUGACGAUGAACCGGAGGUUUACGGGCCUCUGCCAACUCCACACCGAUCUCCAUCGCCGACAAAAUCAGUGAAUUGGACAUUAUCUCCUCACAGAAAUGCUAGUUUCGAUAGGAAGGGUAAAAGCCACGUGCAAGGACCUUUUUCAAGGGAGUUCACCGUCACAUGUUCGGCACCGACCAAUUGGCUGAGGAUGAAACUUGGAAGGUCAAAAACGACACUUGUGUGACGUUAUACUGAUGAUAACGUCACUACUUUGUUUUUCGAUGUGCCAAAGAAUAAUUUGUGAUGUUUGAUAACUCAAAAUACCAUUAUUUUGUGGUUGUAACUUUCUCGGAACAAAAAGAAACUGAACAUUACAUGUGGGAGAGUACGACUUCCUAAACGCGGCCAUGAACGGCUUCAAAAUGCCAGCCAACGACUCGAACAAUCCUCCGGAAUUUCCCGACUCCGCUAGUGUCACAAUGGAUCCGCACGAUUUAAAGGCUAGUUCAUAAAUGGCCAAUAUUCAAAAUAUGCAGAAUAAAUGGUCAAUAUUCGAAAGUGCUUUAUGUAACCACCAAGCCAAAUAGAAAAAAACACACAGUUGAUUCAUUUACGCGGAACUGACUAUUUUGGUCGCAUUGACUGACAGACAAGGACCGCUCUUGGGAGCGUUUAGGGGAGAGCGGGUUGGGGUUUUGAACAAUAUUUGUCAAUAAAAGUCUCUUCAGUGUGGUUUGUUCGAUACAAACAAUGUUGAUAUCGAUACGGUUCAAGCACAAAAUGUCAUGCAUCUAGUUUUUAUUUUUGGCUAACCGUUAGGGGAGUCUAUACAAUAGCUCGGUGUCCGUCGUCCGUCGUCGUCCGUCGUCGUAUCCUAUUUCAAAAACAGUGGCACGUUUCUUAACCGCUAGUGCUAUGAACUUGAAACUUUGUACACAUGACCCCAAGGUCAGAGGUACUCUGACACUGAAUUUCGGUCCGGUCUGGUUCAUGACUUGGCCACCAGGGGGCCAAACAGAAAACAUAACAAGUAUGAUAUGUCUCUUAUUAAUGAUCCGUUUUCAAUAAAAAAAAUUAUGGUAGGUACUCCUAGCAAGGAUACAUCACAUAUCAUACGGGUUUUUGAUUUGACCUACUUUUCAAGGUCACAGAGGUCAAAUGGCGUAAAUUGGCCGUUAGGAUGUAACUAUGGCACGUUUCUAAACUGCAAUGACAUAUUAUCUCAACGACAAGUUCACACACAUGAUGUCACUAAAAAUCGAUUUGAUAACAAAGGUAUUAGGCCUGGUUGUUAAAAACAAGUUUUGUCACGGACGCAAGAAAUAACUUAACCUGGCGUUAGGUUUAACGGACUUAACUGUAGGAGACAACGCCAAGGUUACACCAGCGUUAGAGACAAAACUUGAUUGGAAUAACCAGGCCCAGAUUGUUUCCUGCAAAAAUACGCAGUUAUGCGCCAGUGACUAGUCCAGUAAUUUAAUCUAUAACGAAAUGAAUAAAUGAUAUGCCUGUCGAAUUCUUUGCAGGUUCGCGUUGAAAUCCUGUCGCACUGCCGCCGUACUAACUACAUUAGUUGUUGCAACCAGGGUUUUCCAUUCCGCCCCCGAAUUCCGCCGCACAGAUGUGCUCAUUUCACCCUGGUGGGGCUUUCAGUUCUCCAGUAUCACUCGGGAACGGCAAUUCAGAUGGAAAAAAAACAUUGAUAUUUUCCGCAUUGGCUAAAAAUCUUUGGCCAUACGUCAGAUGUGCAUGAUUACGGUGGUCAACGUACACGAUUUAUCCAGUGCGUCGCAAUGGUCUAUCAUUUUUCUCUAGCAGACAGGUGAACAUCAUUUUUCAUUAACUCUGCACAAUCAAAUCAAUUUUGCGCUGUGGAAACUACCGUAAUUGUGACAAUAAUUCCUUUUUCAAGUGUUUCACACACGUAACGUUCUUGCGUAAUUUGAAAUAGGUGAAUUAUUAGCUCAUUGCCGCAAUUCACUUGGUAAAUCAUGUAUUUGCACGCAAGAAAUCGUCCCAAAGGUCGAUAAUAUCUGACCAUGAACUAAGGUUCAAGCAAGGUAUGUCCAUUAGGAUGAUAUUAGAAUAUCAAACUGGCACAUCACAUCAACACGUACACUGGUCAACCUUUUGCAGUACUAUAGUGUCGUUAAUCAGCUUAAUCGUAGUGAUGACCUGAGUGCAGCAGCGAGGCUUUUCUACUGAAGUCAGUUACGUUGUGUUUAGCGUGCUCCCAUUUAAUCACGGCCUUUUUGGUUGAGUCUUUUUCAUCCUGAGAUUCAGUGUCAGUUUUCACUCCUACGUAAUCUAGAGGCGGAGUAUAUUGAAAACCACUUGUUAUACCAGGAUGAGUAAUAUCAAAAUACCAUUGGUAUUAUUAAGGACAUUAUUACCACGCUGUCUGCUGUCUAGUUACCUUCAAUUCCACAGUUGCAGUUAUUGAAUAACACAUAAAAUGGAAAAAUAAAAAAAAGUGACUCCGACUUGACCCAAGUGAGGCCUCCAUGCAGAUUUUUUGUUGUUGAGCAGAUCGAUGCACAGUGACGCGCUGCGCGGAGAUGAUGUUGCGUCGUAAUGGCGGGGUGGCGUGAACUCCGAUCGAGACGUCCACUCAAGUGGCGGGAAAGGUUUUUUCGCGCCAGGACUUGAGCUUACUAAAAAUAACGAACUCGUUUGUCUACUAUCUACGAGCUGAAACAAAAUUGGAAAAGCAUCAGACACGUUCCGAAAAAUAGUUUACUGACGAACAAGACGAAGAAUAUUAUGAAUAUCAAUAUGAAAUAUGAAUAUAAUAUGAAACCGAAGUUUAAACCAUUUUACUGCAGCGUACCUAAGCUUUCGCCUCUGUAGCCUUCAUCAGAGUGACGUCAGUUAUCUUUCGGACAUGCCUUACGCAUGCCCGAAAGUAGAUUAUCCAGGUUUCCGGAAGUUCGUAUCGCCCCACAUAACUGUUGAGGGAGGGUUUGAGAGUCCUAAUCUGCAUAGCUUCUUUCUCGCCACGUUUAAACCAGUCCGGAUCCUGAUCCAAUAUUUUCACAGUGUCCAGGUUAAUGUUGUGUCCCGUAUGAUGAUUAUGAAUAUGUUGCGAAACCUCGGAAGACGUGCAGCUGGGCCUGCGAUGCACCAUGAAUCUAGCUUUCAAAGUCCGCUCGGUUACCCUCACAUAAGAUGCCUCACAGGGGUAAUUGUCACUGCCCUCACAUUUGAUCAGAUACACCAGUCCACACCGCCCCUUGAGGGGAGUGGGGUCCUCAGGCCGCACCAACAACUGACGCGAACUGUUGGUGGGCUUGAAGUGCACCUGUACACCAUACAACCUCGGUUGCUGACCACUUUAACUACAAUGGACACAAUCAUGUCGAUUACAUGAAAGUCUACCGACUUGAAAAACUCCCCACGGCGCAAUGCAACGAAAAUCGUCUGCUUGAAUGCGAGUCUUACUGGAUCUAUACACGUCGAUCCGCCAGACCCCUUGGUCUAAAUAUAAUGAACCAACUGGUCUCUGUAAUUGAACACUGUCGCGUUUUUACGCGGCGUUCGACGUUGCGUUAAAACGCCGCGAUUAGCGCCACAAAUGGUAUCCAUUGAAUUCCAUAGAUGUGUUCCCACUUGGGCGAAGCGACAAAAUACCUUGUUUUUGACGCGGCGUUCCACGCGCUCGGGCAAAAUUACGUUGCAAAAUUAACAACCAAAGCGUAUAAUCGCCGCGAAUCGUGGGGUCUCGUGAUAAAAAUUGUAAGGUUGACAGAGGUUUAAAUUGUGGUAUUAAGAUAGGCAUUUGUCACUGCAGUGCCGGUACAUGUGUGCAGUUAGGAAUUGUCUCCCAAACCCAUUGGCACCAUGUCUUCAGACCUGAUAGAGAGAUUGAUAAUUCAAAUCGAAAAACAUCCUUCGAUUUAUGACAAAUCCUUGUCAGAAUAUAAAGAUGCUGACAAGAAGGAAGGUAUCUGAAGAAAAAAAUUGCCUGCGCUUUCUUCGUUUUCUUUUCGCAUACAGGUACGAUACCAUGAUUUCGGCAAAAUCCGAAUCCGAGUCAGACAUUGUUGCAACACGUCUGUGCCAGCUGUUUGGUAUGGAAAGUCUAUACUCUUGUCUGCACCCUUUCACCGCCAGCGAUUAUAAGCUUCAGUGAGAACAGGUUACGAAAUAUCUGUCGCAUCGUUUUCCCGUCGCGUGAAAUCACAGCGUUUUUUUUCAAGGCGUUAAAGCUUGCAGCACACUGGGCGCCAACUCCGGCGGCAAGGCGCGUUUUUUGCCGCAAGAGUCCUGAACGCCUGAAAAAUCCGUAGUGUGCUACGGACGGCGUCAGGCAAACGCCACUUGCCGCCACUUGCCGCCACUUGCCGCCAGAUAUCUAGCAUGUUUGAUUUUUGACGCCUGUAGCGGCGUCUGAACGCCAGUGAACGCAAGAAGAAUCCAGGUGUGCUACGGAUCGCCGCCAGAGUUGGCGUCAACCAGCGUCAACGGCGAGGCUUUGGCCAAUCAGCUUGCGUCUUGACGUCACAUGAUAUCAAAAUGGCAGCCCCGAGGAUUCUUGGAAGUGGCGGAAAAGACGCUACUGGACGCCAAUUCUGAGUAGGUGUGCUAUGAGCGCGAUCCACCGCCGCCAACUCUGGCGUCGAGCGGCGUUCAGUCGCGUUCAGUCUGACGCGCCUUGCCGCCGAAGUUGGCGUCCAGUGUGCUGCAAGCUUAAAAGGCGACAGUGAGUUCAGGCCUUCCGUAGUCGUUCUGAUGGCGUUGAUCGCACUAUUUCCCUUAAAUUCAUGAUUUUAUCAUCGUUUUUAUAUGCACUUCUGUAUCAUUUACUUGGUACCUGAUCCGCCAUUUUGUCAACAACAUCACGUGACUUCGGCCUCGGAGAUCGACCGGAAACUCCCAAAGCUGAAACUCAACAGUACCUUCCCCUUUGACCCCUGUCCUCCGGCCAAUCAAUGACUUUUUUAUUCUAGAUGUCAACAAAUGGACACGUGGACAGGGUGUCCCGGUUUUUAAUUACGUUCAUCACCACCUUACGUCUUCUGUUGUAAUUAUAUAUAUACUUUAAAAUCAUUCUGUCUGUACAUUGACUUUGAAAAAGGAUCCAAACAUCCGAAAGUUGUAGUGUUGUUUUUUCUAUCAAUCUCGGUUUGCUCUUAGUCGCCGCGUCACCAGAGUAAAUCUUGGGUCUGGCUUUGGACCUCGGCUUGUUGAGGGUCCAGCCAGGGUUGCCACAGGCCACCAACGCUCGUUUAACAUGUGCUACCUCCUUGUUUGUCUCCUCUGGUUCCAUCACAGCAAUUUCGGUGAAGAAGAGUUCUUACCACACAAAGCCUCUGGUCGAGGGGGUGGUUGGAUGAAAAAGCUAGGUAUUGGUCCGUGUGAGUGGCCUUACGAGAAUAAUUUUUUUUCAAGUGUUCAAAAACAAUCGGUGGCGUGCGUCGUUUGCUUAGUAUGUGUUUCAUCCACGUACCUAAACCACCGUGGUUGGGAGGCCGAGGAUUGGACCUUUUGUUCAAAGUCUUCCAUGUUGCACAGAACAGGCGACACUGGCGAGCCCAUGGCGGCGGCAUGUAUCUGUUGGUAAAACGUCCCUGAACUUACCAACUUCCGGAAACCUGGGACAAUCUACUUUCGGGCAUAUGUAACACUCCUAAACUAUUUUAUGCAUUAAAAUUGUUUAAAUUUUGGUUUCAUAAUUAUUUACUAGCUGCAUACAUGAAACUUUUAAAAAAAACAAACAUAAUGAAGUAAACAACCGCCCAUAAAUAUACUACUUACUUCCAGACAAUUUUUCAACUUCCUAAAAAAUUUUUUCGGCCGACAGUUAAUUGAUGAAGAAACUUGACCUAAAAUCUAUCAUUCCAGUAACUCGUCAUUGACAUCCUGCAGAUGAAAAUUAUAGAACUGCUUUAUAACUCGCCACUGACACCCUGUAGAGUGUUAUAGAAUACAUCAUUUAAUAUGAUAAUUAUUUGCAUUUUAAACAUCAUUCUGUAAAACAUUGGUAGACAAAUCGGACUUUGUAUUGAAAGAGGUAGUCG